GGGGAGUUAAAGCGAUCAACCCGGCCAAAAAACCACGGGAGUCCAACUAUUUACAAGCUCCCGACUCAGCCCUGGAGCGAAGUCCCGUACGAGUAAAAUCACAUGGCAUUUUAAGAAUGCUCCAAAGAUGGCGGUGGCAACUUCAAUUUCCAGUAACAGAGUACAGAAAAGUGGUUUUUUAGAAGUGUUGGUGCGGGACCAGUGGCACAAAGUGCUGGCCACCUUGGAGGAAGACGCGCUGACGCUGAGCUGCGACGAUCAGGGGGACAAUGUGAACCUGAACGGCAUCACCAACGGCUCUUACGGGAGCGACUCCGGCCACCUGGAUCCCUCAAACAGCCCCAAAGCCCCGGUGAGGACAGUCUUCACCGAUCUGCCCCAGCAAGUGCCAGAAGCCAUAGCCAACAGAAAGAGAUGCGUCAAAGUAAUAAAGCAGGACGCGGGGGGUCUCGGGAUCAGUAUCAAAGGCGGAAAGGAGAACAAGAUGCCGAUACUUAUUAGCAAGAUCUUUAAGGGUCUGGCGGCGGAUCAGACCCAAGCCCUUUACGUGGGGGACGCGAUUUUGUCCGUGAACGGGGUGAACCUACGGGACGCCACUCACGACGAGGCGGUGCAGGGACUGAAAAGGGCUGGGAAGGAGGUAACCCUGGAAGUGAAGUACAUGCGGGAGGCCACCCCCUAUGUGAAAAGGGGCUCCCCGGUGUCAGAGAUCGGCUGGGAGACGCCCCCCCCAGAGUCACCCCGUCUCGGGAGCCCCCAGUCCGACGCCCCCAGCACCCCCACCCUGUCACUGCAAGGGGACCGACGCAGCAUCCCGCUCAAAAUGUGCUAUGUGACACGCGGCAUGACGAUACCAGACCCUGAGAGCAGGCACCUGGAGCUCCACUCCCCAGACGCCAGGCACACCGUGGUGCUGAGAUGCACCGACCCCGCCGUCGCUCAGACCUGGUUUGGCACUAUCCAGUCUACGGCCACCAGCUUGGCAGCCAAGGUCAUCGCGGAGGUCAAAGAGCAGACUGGGAGGAGUGGGAUCUCUGGGAGUCGGGAGAUCCUCCACUUGGGCUGGCUGGCGGAAAAGACAGAAGAUGACAAGCAGUGCUGGAGGCCGGUGCUGGCCGUGGUGACCGAGAAAGACCUGCUCCUGUAUGACAGCCUACCCCGGAUGAAGGAAGCCUGGUUUAGCCCGACGCAUACCUACCCUCUGCUAGCCACACGGCUGGUCCAUUCAGGGCCAGAGAAGGGCUCCCCAAAAUCAGGCCAGGAGCUGUCUUUUGCCACACGCACGGGAACGCGGCUGGGCAUCGAGACGCACCACUUCCGGACGGAGACCAGCAAAGACUUGUCGCUGUGGACAAGGCACAUCGUGACUGGCUGCCACACCUCCGCUGAGAUGAUCAAAGAGGUCGUCACCAGCUGCAUGUACAAGACGCAGGUGUGUCAGCUCAGCAUCCACUACGAGCGCGGCUUCUCGGUGCUGCUGGGGGCCGGGGAGGGGGGCUCCGCACCACGCCCGCUCUUCAGCUACCCCUUCGAAAAGCUCAAGAUGUCCUCCGACGAUGGCGUCCGGAUGCUCUUCUUGGAUUUCGGGGGGAAGGAAGGGGAAAUCCGACUGGACCUCCACUCCUGUCCAAAGCCCAUUGUCUUCAUCCUACACUCCUUCCUCUCUGCAAAGAUUUCCCGACUUGGCUUGCUGGCAUGAAGAAGGUUUUACCAUGAAAUGGACCAACCAUCCCAAGGCUGCCUCCCCUCUGCAUCUAACAGUGUGCACAUCAGACUGAAGAUCUUUUAACAGAUCUUUUAAAGGAUCUAUUGUGAUCUACUUAGCUUCAGAUUGUAUUUUGAAGUACAUAUAACAGAAUUAACUUUGUCUUGAGUUACCCAUGUGAGAAUAGCAGGGAAAUCUUAAGCACUAGAAAUUACCAAGAUUAAUACUUUACUGAAAUCUGUGCUUUAGCACAAUAACUGCAGAGAACACUAACAUAUUUAAUUGAACUAAAGAUAUACUGGAAGUAUUAAUUUUACCGUUUCCCCAUCAUAAGACCUUUGUCCUGUAACCUUCAUGAAGGAAGCGU